GAAAUCAGAAGUAAAGAGGAAAAGAAGAAGAAAAUUAUCGAUUUCUUUAGAUUUGAUUUUGGGUUUUGAAAGGAUUUGGAAAUGGAGGAAGCGUUGUCAGGUUUUUGUAUAAAAGGAAGUGUUCGGGGCAAUGGAAACAACGGAAGUACUGGAACUGGAACUAAGUGCGAGAGAUGGAAUCCUACGACCGAACAGGUUAAGGUUUUAACUGACUUGUUCAGGUCCGGACUUCGAACUCCAAGCACUGAUCAAAUCCAGAAGAUUUCAACUCAGCUCAGCUUUUACGGGAAGAUUGAAAGCAAGAAUGUUUUUUAUUGGUUUCAGAAUCAUAAAGCUAGGGAAAGACAAAAGCGUCGAAAAGUCUCCAUUGAUGAAAAUGACUUGAUAUCUAGAGACAACAACAAGAUUACUUCUUCAAAAGAGUAUUUUGAGGUUAAAGAAUAUCAGCUUGAAAGGGUUAUUGAGACUUUGCAGCUUUUCCCUUUAAAUUCCUUUGAUGAAACUGAUCAACAGGAGAAGUUUAUAUUCCAUGCAAGCGAAUGUAGGGAAAUAUCAACAUUUCCUUAUAGAAUCAGUGCCCCAGAAAUGGACCAUCCACCAUUAGAUCUUCGUUUAAGUUUCCUAUGAAAAAUCUUAUUAUU